AUGUCUAGGUGUGCUGAAGAAAAUAGAGAUGACAGAAUAAGAGAACUGGCCUUUAUGGUCACGAAUGCGGAGAAACAUUUUGGUAAACUAUGUCAAAUCUUUGCUGCUUAUACACGGAAAACUGCUAGAGUGAGAGACAAAGGAGACCUGCUGGCGAGUGAGAUCAAAAUGUACGCUGCUACUGAGACACCUACUUUGAAGCAGGGACUGCAAAACUUUGCCAAAGAAUUUGCCAAGAUUCAGGAUUAUCGUCAAGCUCAAAUCGAAAGAUUUGAAUCUAAAAUAGUUAAAACAUUGAGAAUGUAUGGAAUCAUCAUUAAAAUGAAACGAGAAGACCUUAAAGCACAAUUGGCAUCAAAAAGUCAAGAAAUCAAGCAGAGAAUGAAGUUAGAGAAAACACGUCGCCAAAGCCCUUGGAACAGAUGUGCCAUCACACAGGCAGAGCUUAAACUACAAAGAGCCGAAACACGCUCUGCCCAAUCAACUCAAUACCUGCUGGAUAAUAUGGAUAAUUUUCAGAGGCAGAAAUUAAAAGACAUAAAGUAUAUAUUUUCAGAAUUUAUCACAAUUGAAAUGUUAUUUUUUGGCCGAGCUCUAGAGUUCUACACUGCUGCCUACAAAAGCAUACAAAACAUUGAUGAAGAGAAAGAUUUUGAGUUUUUCCAAACUUUUCUGUGUCCAUCAAGUUUUUCAGUAGGUCUUGGUACCGAAAGUUCCCGUACAAAGGCACCACCACUUCCUGCAGGUCUCGACCAGGACAAAUUUCCUCCUGCCAUCCCAGAGAAGACCAACAAGCCAAAGCAGAAGGUGAAGUCAGAUACUACAGCAGAUGAAAGUCCAGUUUAA